AAAUUGGGAAAUCACGCUCCUUUUGAUAUUUGCAGUGCCUGAAAAGUCUCGACCUGUCUUUGGUUCACUCUUUUUCAUUUGCAUUUCAUUGAUCGUCACAUCAUGAGCUCUAAUUCCACAACAAGCCCUUUCAUGGGUAGUGAAAACGAACCUCAUGGUGCACUAUACAAAAGCAUAGGCGUUACACUCGCCGUGGCCAGUGGUGCCUUCAUUGGUAGCAGUUUUGUCUUUAAGAAGAAAGGUCUAUUACAAUCCACCGAACGAUCAGGUGGAGUGGCCGGCGAAGGAUACGGAUACUUAAAGUCGGCGAUGUGGUGGACAGGCAUGAUCUUGAUGGUCGUGGGCGAAUUUUGUAAUUUUGUGGCCUAUGCAUUCACUCCGGCAAUUUUGGUCACUCCACUGGGUGCACUGAGCGUGGUGAUCAGUGCUGUGCUAUCUUCCAUAUUUUUGAAGGAAGGUUUAACGUUUCAAGGAAAAGUGGGUUGUUUACAAUGCGUGCUGGGCGCUAUUAUCAUUGUACUUCAUGCCCCACAAGAAGGCGCGGCCGAUAAUUCUAUUGAGACAUUUAAACAAUUAAUGUUAUCAAUAGGAUUCCUAUUCUACGCUGCGAUUGCCGUGGGGGUCUCUCUGUUUUUGGUCUUCUAUUGCGGUCCUCGUGUGGGCAACAAAAACAUGCUGGUCUAUAUCACUACGUGUUCUCUGAUUGGGUCAUUAUCGGUGGUUUUUACCCAGGGUCUUGGGGGUGCUAUUGUUCAUUCAAUUGCCGUUGAGAACCAGUUUACCAACUGGUUCGUUUAUUUGGUGCUCGUUCUUACGGUCGUCACACUGGUGGUGGAGAUCGUUUACCUGAAUAAGGCAUUGAACAUCUUCAAUACUGCCUUGGUGACCCCAACCUAUUAUGUGAUCUUCACUACCCUCACCAUCGUUAGUUCCACCGUAUUUUAUCGCGGUUUCGACGCCUCAGGAACGGACAUUACAUCAUGUGUCUUUGGCUUCUUGAUUAUUGUUUCUGGCGUAGCUUUAUUACACCACUCUCGAAGCCAACCUGAACAUAUUCCAUUAAACGACAGCGACAGCAUGGAGGAAAGACACGGAUACGAUAACGAAAAAUUGAUGAUGUCCGAGGAUGACCUAGACGAUGAUGAUUACCAAGAGUCACCACGACAUACCACUGCACGAGCAAGUUUGGCUUUUUCCCGUCGUUCCAGACAUUCCACCGAUGACUAUAACAGCGUCGAUCUAUUACCUGCGUCACAGCAACCUUAUACAGAAACUAUCCGUAUGAAUCCUGUUUCAAGUAAAAACAAUACACGCAAAACUGCUCGUAUGGACAGCGCAGGCAGCUUACUUGAGCAAGAUCUGGAAAUCGGAACCGCGAGGAGCGGUCACCAUCACCGUACAACAUCGAGUCCAUCCAAUAUACCUUUCCUGGAUCCCCCACCUGCUAACAAACAACAAACGUCUCAAGCAUCUUCGGAUCGUGUAACAGCGCACAAAAUUGGUCUGAAAAAUUCCGAUCAGGACGAAGAAAGACAAUUGAUCAGCAAUUUUGAAGAUUGGGAAGAGAAUGAACAAUCACGUUGAUAUAAAGAAAUGAGGAAACCGAAACGGAUACACCAAAAAUGAAAGAAAACAGAGAGAAAGAAUAUCUCUCCAUUGUAGUAUAUGUAUUCAAUUUUUUUUUAACCAAUUUUAAAUAUCCGCACUUCUGGCAAUGCUUGUGGAUGUUUACUGAUAAAUAGAUGAAUAGUGUAUAUUGAAUAGUGAAAAAUAAUGUUAUUGUCUAUCUUUGAGUAUCAG